AAUCCUGGAGGUGACCCACCGAGCUCUGAUCAUUUGAUGUUUGAUAAAAUGAGUCGUAAGAAUAGUUGCUUUGUUUUUGUGAAUUUUUGGACAAUUGCAAGCCAACAAAAAUAUUUGUUCAUAAUAGUUAUAUGACCUUAAUAUUUCUAUUUGACAUGUCUGCAUGUAGCAUAAUGGACGCAGCCGCAGCUCCGCAGGUCGUGGUGAACCAGCCGAACGAUCCAGAUGAAGCAAACUCUGAGGAAAGUGAGAGCUCCUCCGCCAACGACCACCUUUUGACGCUGAAGACGUUGACAGAGAAGCUCAGGCUGGAGACCAGGAGGCCCUCUUACCUGGAGUGGAAAGCCCGGCUGGGGGAGGAACGGCUCAAAGAGUCCGAACCUGGAAAACACCCGGUCCAAGUCGGAUCUGAUGGGAAACUGGGCUUUCAUAAAGGGACUGCGAGUGACAUUCAGCAUGAAGAAUUAUCGCUAAAAAACAGAUUUGAGAACAUCGAUGAAGCUCUCAGCUGGCUCAGAAAAGAACUAACGGACAUGCGCAGGCAGGACCAGCAGCUGGCGAGGCAGCUCAUGCAGCUGCGCAGCGACAUAAACAUGCUGAAGAUCGAGCAGACGUGUCACCUGCACCGGCGGAUGCUCAACGACGCCACCUACGGCCUGGAGGAGAAGGACGAGCUGUCGGACCUGCCGUACGAGUGCCCGGUCACCCCGGGACUCGGACUCUCGGCCCCACUGAGGCUCAUCGGAGUCACCAAAAUGAACAUCAACUCUCGCCGCUUCUCGCUCUGCUAAGAAAACACAAACGAGACAGUGAAUUUACUAAUGAUUGUGACAGAUGUGACACCACAGAGACGCACUUCUCACCAGGAUCGGCGCUGACAGAAACUUCACCAAGGUGAACCAGAGGGAGGCUGGCCAGAUGCCCAGAUCAGCUUGUUAAACAUCAACAGGGAGGCAUUUUAAAAGGAAAAAUAAUUUGAGGGUUUCUAGCUGAUGGAUUACUCACUGCUUUGGAUUUUUGGGGGUUUUUUGUAUUUGAAUUAUAUAAAAUUUCCUCUCUGUUUUAAUCCUCAUUUUUCCAAAACCUGAAAUCUACUUUUACCACAGUAAUUAACUUUAAAUCCUUGAUGGAAACAGACAGUUUUAUUGCUGAAUCAUUGGAAAUGAAAGUUUUAUGGAUCAGUGGAGCAACAAGACCAAAGCUUGGAGAGGAAAAUAAGCUUCGGCGUCACCAUUUUUCUGUGGAAAAACUCCUGGAUCAGGUUGCAGCUCUUUCUGCACCUCAAAAGCAUCACUUUCUGCAGCAAAGUCAGAGAUAAUUGUUAAUAUUUUCUUUAAGAUGGGGUGACAUUUUUCAAAUAAUAAACUAUUUUUUGAAGUAUUUGAUUAAUUCAUUCUGGAGGCUUUAUUUUUUAAACUUAGCUUAUCUGUGGCAAGUUUUUUUGGUCACCCCAAGGAGCAUACAGGUGGGCAGGAUGGUAACAGCAACUAUGUAGGUGUAAAAAUACUUUUACCCGACUUAUCUGAGGUUAGAGGUCACAAUAAAGAGACAAACGAGUCGAUUCUUAAAGCUUUAACUCAUUUCGGGGGUUUUCUUUGUAGUAAAUCUAAUAAAAGUGAUAAAAGUAAUGUAUGUCAAAGAGCAAAAUAUCCAUUUGAGUGUUGAACAUAAAAAGUAUACCUUACUGUUUUAGUUUUAGAAUUUUAGGAAGCAGAAAAAGGGCCACAAGAGACACAAAAGAUGACAUUUUAAAAAGUUAACCCCUAUUUUUGGUCAUAAUUUGCUUACCUGUUGACUUUAAUGAUUUUGCCCCAAGAAAAGCCUCUUUUUUAAACCCGCUGUCUUUUAAUUUUGUUUUUAGAUAAUCAAAGUAUUUGUUUUUUUGAGGCUGCUUUUUUAACUGUAAUGAUAUUUUUUGUAAACUCUACAAAAAGUGUCUGAACUCCUUGUAAUUUCAUUAUUCAACC